AUGAACCUGAUUCACAUUGCAUCCAAAAAAUAAAUAAACAACAGUUUCUGUAAUCAGUGCAGAGAAAGCGUAUAAAAUGCUUUGGAAGAGAAUGAAUCUAACGAAGCUUUAUAUCUUUAGUCAAUUAAUAUAUGGUUCUGGAGGUCGCUAACGCUUAUAGUUUUUCUUUAAUGAAAUCGGACCCUUCGUUCCAAUUUUUUUUUUUUGGAGAGAAUUUAUUCCCAACAAACAUUUUUUUUAUUAGGGCAGAAGGGUAUCGGAUACGUGAUUUGUUUAGUAAUUUUUUUUUUUUGCAUGACGGAGUCAACGUUUUCCGCAUGAAGCAAGAUCAUCAUGAUUUACAUUGCUAUAAAUAUAUAGUCAUAUACAGUUUGAACAUUCCUCAAGUGAAACAAGUUUUUGUUUUAUUUUCUCUUCUCUGUCAUGGCUGCUGCUUCAGUUUCCGGUGAUGAAGAAGCUCAUAUACAUGGGAAUUCCGGCCUCAAACGCGGCGGAUGGAUCACCUUUCCGUUCAUGGCGGCGACGUUGUUAGGGCUGACGAUAACUUCUUUCGGAUGGUUAGUGAACUUGAUCAUCUUCCUGAUCAAUGAAUUCAACAUAAAGUCCAUUGCCGCUGCUAAGAUUUCAAGCGUCGUCAAUGGCUGCCUCUGUAUGUUCCCUGUCGUUGCAGCCAUUGUUUCCGACUCUUUCUUCGGAACCAUUCCCGUCAUCUCCUCCUCCGCUUUCAUUUCUCUUGCGGGCAUUGUUCUUCUAACUUUGACAGCAUCAAUCCAUUCCUUGAGGCCUAGACCGUGCGAAAAUACCUCGAGUUUAUGCCAAUCGCCCUCGAGACUCCAGCUCGGGAUCCUAUUCACAGCACUAAGUCUGACGUCCAUCGGAACAGGAGGAACGAGGUUCACUUUAGCGGCUGCCGGGGCAAACCAGUAUAGCAAGCCUAAAGAUCAAAGAAGCUUCUUCAACUGGUUCUUCUUCACCAUGUAUCUAGGCGCUGUCAUUGGCGCUACAGCCGUUGUCUAUGUGGAAGACAACAUUAGCUGGAGAUUCGGGUUUGGUCUCUGUGUGGCAGCUAAUCUGAUAAGCUUCGUCGUUUUCAUCUCGGGAAAGAGAUUCUACAAGAAUGAUAAGCCUUUGGGAAGUCCCUACGCAAGCCUUUUGCGGGUCAUCGUUGCUGCUACACUGAAAAGACAAGCUGCGAUUUCUUCCAAAGAGGAAGAUUAUCACCACGAAGGCGGCGAAAAGGCAAUGCCCUCAAAGAGUUUCAGGUUCUUGAACCGAGCAGCAAUGAAAGCAGGAGGAGACAUCGAACCGGAUGGCUCAGUGUGUAAACCCUGGAGGAUAGCCACGGUUCAGCAAGUUGAAGAUUUCAAAGAUGUUGUCCGAGUUCUGCCUCUAUGGUCGGCCUCCAUAUUACUAAGCACACCCAUCGCGGUGCUAAUAAGCUUAACGGUCCUCCAAGCUCUGGUCAUGGACCGCCAACUUGGACCACAUUUCAAAAUCCCGGCUGGAUCUCUCCAAGUCAUAAUACUGAUCUCCACAUGUGUCUUUCUCAUACUGAACAACUGGUUUCUCUAUCCCUUGUACCAGAAACUAACCCGUAAGCCCUUGACACUACUUCAGCGAAUUGGGAUAGGCCAUGUCCUGAACAUCUUAAGCAUGGCGGUCUCUGCCAUCGUUGAGGCAAAGAGACUGAAAAUAUUACAAAACCAUCAUGUGAUCGGGUCAUCAGUUGCUCCCAUGCCGGUUUUAUGCUUGUUUCCUCCUCUUGUGUUAGCCGGAAUAUGUGAAGCCUUUUCCUUUCCUGCAAAUGUAGCCCUUUGCUACCAAGAAUUCCCCGAAUCACUGAAGAGCACUGCAACAUCAAUGACUUCAGUGGUCAUUGGGAUAUCCUUCUACGUUAGUACUGCUCUUAUAGAUUUGAUACAGAGGACAACUUCAUGGUUACCAGACGACAUAAACCACGGGAGAGUGGAUAAUGUUUACUGGGUUUUGGUCAUCAUUAGUGUUGUCAAUCUCUGCUAUUUUCUGGUCUGUGCCUGGUUUUUCAGAUACAAAAACCUCGGAGAUGACAAUGGACAGGAUGAUGUCUCUGCUUCUACUAAUUUCUCAUGAAGAUCUUCCAUCUGAGGACACCACAAUGUUUCAGCAUGUAUAAUGUAAUAUGUUAUAGAUCAGACUCCAAGAUCUUGUACUGGCCGAUAUAACUGUACUUGUUAUAUUACAUUUGUUGAAACUCAUAUUCAUGUU